UGCAGCAUUAACCACAUUCCAGAGGGGCGCAGCGCAUCCUGUCUACAUCCCCGCAUUCCUUUUACGCGAACGAGUCCCUCGUGUAAAACGGCCUUUUAAUCAGAAUCCCGCCCGCUUACUAAACUCACGUCGACAUACGACGGGUGUUUGUGGCGUAUCCGAUUAUUCUGCCGACUUUAACUUCCAGCACGUUGACCGCGGGCGAAACUAGAGGAAAAAACCAACACGGCGAAAUUCCUCCGCGCAGCGCGCCAUUGACUGUAAAGACCUUUCAACUUAACAAAAACUGAAGUUGACAAACGUAUCCCUGUCGCCACAAACUGUGAGAAAGAGUUUGUUUUUUCUCGGCGAGGGAGGCCGAGGCGGGAGAAGACGAUGCGGCGCGCGGCGGAAAGCCUCUGAGCGGGUUUUGUCCGUAAAUGAGCGAAGGCUGCGUUCCGCCGCGUUUUGUUUUGAUUUCCAUGAGAAAUGCAAUUAGCGCUCCGCGCUGCUCGCUAGUUUUGGCUCGCCGAGCGCAGCGCGCUCUCAACUUGUCCCUCGCCUCCGGAGCGCAACAUGGAGCAUUACCAGGGGGAUUUGGGACUCCGGGCCAGUCAAAUGAUGGAGGACCUCUCCUUGUACGGCGCGUUUAACGACGGGAUGUACAACGCGAGGAGAGACCUGGUGAUUAACCCCGAUUUGGACUUUUCGGCCCCGCCGGUCGCGGAGCACAAGAGCCACCCGAUGAACGGCGCGUCCGCGCUCCACCAGCAGCAUCACACGGUGGAGAACUUCACCCCGGGGACCAAAGUGUACAACGCGGCUCCGGUGCGUCCCGUGAACUGCAACCGGACCGUGCCCGUGGAUUUCUGCGCCCCGCAAAGAGACGCGGUUUACGCCGAGGGGGGCUGCUGCACCAAAUCCGAGGUGGCUCUCCCGUGCUACACGGGCGCCUCCGAGAGGCACCGCCGGUACUCCCUGGAGGCGCAGGGCCACAGGUACAGCACCGGCUGCGCCUUCGACGGCGUGCCCCUCAACAAGCCGGCGGCGUCGGCGGCGGCGCCGCCCGGCAACAGGUGCAACAGCGUCUGCAUCAGCAGCAGCAGCCACGACGGCAGGUACAGCGCCACCAGCCCCCGGUCCAGCUUAGCGUCGUCCCUGUCCCCCCAGGAGCAGGGCAAGCACGCCAGCCCGAGGUCCAGCGUCCGGUACUCGAGCCCCAGGUCCAGUUUGGCGCACUGCGAGGGCAACAGCGCGCUCAGCCCCAGGUCCAGCUAUGCGAGCACCGCCAGCGACACGAGCAAGCACUCCAGCCCGCGGGCCAGCCUCAACAGCUGCGACUGCUGCAGCAAGCCCAGCAGCAACCGCACCAGCGGCAUCAGCAUGGGCUACGACCAGAGGCACGCGAGCCCCAGGUCGAGCACGGCGAGCCAGUACUCCUUCACCACCAGCCCGAGGUCCAGUUACUCCGAUUCCCGCUACGGGCCCGUGGUCCACCACGACCUGGAGGGGGCGAUUCUGCACGCAGCGCCGGCGGCGAGCCCUCGCUCGAGCGUCUGCAGCCAGGACGGGAGCGCGAGGCCGGGCGCGACGGCCAACUGCGUGGUCAGCCCGCGCUCCAGCAUCUCCAGCCACAGCUCCAGGAGUUCCCGCAGCUCCAGGGGGUCUAUGAGCACCUACCCGGACCUGCAGCUGCCCUCGCCGAGGUCGUCGAUGCUGGGCGGCAGUUCGCAGGAGGACACGCUGCUCCAGGAGUUCGGAGAUGCCAACGGGCUCCAGAAUCGCGUCCACCUCCAGGGGCCGGAGCCCCAGCAGCAGUCGGCCCACACGGGGGGGACGCUGGAGAUGGCCGCGGGGUUGGUCGCAUCGUUUAGUUACGGGGUGUGCUCAAAAACGGCGUCUUCGAGCCAGAGGUUUAAGGUCCCUUACCAGGUGACCCCCAGCCGGGAGAGUGGACCGAGCCAGGCGGAGAGGCGGCUGGAGGCGCUGACCUUGGAGCUGGAAAAGGAGUUAGAGAUGCACAUGAAAAAGGAAUACUUUGGUAUCUGUGUCAAAUGUGGGAAAGGUGUGUACGGAGCCAGCCAAGCCUGCCAGGCCAUGGGGAACCUGUACCACACAAACUGCUUCACCUGCUGCUCCUGUGGACGGCGGCUGCGAGGGAAAGCCUUCUACAACGUCAACGGGAAGGUCUACUGCGAGGAGGACUUCCUGUACUCUGGUUUCCAGCAGACGGCAGAGAAGUGUUUCGUGUGUGGUCACCUCAUCAUGGAGAUGAUCCUCCAGGCUCUGGGCAAGUCCUACCAUCCCGGCUGUUUCCGCUGCGUGGUGUGUAAGGAGGGUCUAGAUGGAGUCCCUUUCACCGUGGACGUUGAGAACAACAUCUACUGUGUCAAAGACUAUCACACGGUGUUUGCUCCCAAGUGUGCCUCCUGCAACCAGCCGAUCCUCCCAGCCCAGGGCUCCGAGGAAACCAUCCGGGUGGUUUCGAUGGACAAGGACUACCAUGUGGAGUGUUACCACUGUGAGGACUGCGGCCUCCAGCUGAACGACGAAGAGGGCCACCGCUGUUACCCACUGGAGAGCCACCUGCUGUGCCAUGGCUGCCACAUCCACCGGCUGCAGUCGCAGGGCCCCGCCCACCUGCCCCCCAGCUACCCUCUCCAUGUCACCGAGCUGUGAAGGGGGAGAUGGGGGGGGCAUCCGUAGCCCCGCCUCCCAGGUGAUCUGAGACAUCCAGCAGUGAGGAAUGAAUGGUCCGUACCCCCCCAACGCCCCCCUUCUGCAGCAGCUCCAGGGACGUGUCCCCCCCCCCC